GCGCUAACUCUUGGCCGGGCGAGCUGUGUCACGGCAAAGAAGAAGAAGAAGAGUUCUAGACCAUAGAGCGCGUUAGACAAGACAACACAGAUCUACCGGCAGCAGCCAUGACAGACGAGAACCCCAAGGAGGGAGUGAAAACGGAGACCGAGCACAUCAACCUAAAAGUGGCUGGCCAGGACGGUUCGGUGGUGCAGUUCAAAAUCAAGAGGCACACUUCACUUAUCAAACUGAUGAAAGCUUAUUGUGAACGGCAGGGAUUAUCAAUGAGUCAGAUAAGAUUUCGGUUCGAUGGCCAGCCUAUCAAUGAAACGGACACCCCUUCUCAGCUCGAAAUGGAGGACGAAGAUACAAUCGAUGUGUUCCAGCAGCAAACCGGAGGAUGUUCUCCAUAAAGACUGUUCCUGUGUACAUUUCUACCUCACUUCUCCAUGUUUGUGAGCGUCUUUGUUCGGUCCCGGUUGUUGUCCUGCAUACGGAACACUUGUCAUGCAGCAGUACAAAAGUUGACGCUCACUCGCUCACGUUAACUUGCUCUCUUGGCAGUAUUGGGAUGCGAAUAUUUGGAUGUUCUUAGUGUUUAUACUUUCAGUAUUAAGGAUUCCCGGUGGUUGUUCAUCCAGCAACCCUCAAUUUUGAAUCCUUUCUGAUAUGAAUAUAUUUUGGAAUAAAGUUAUUCUAUCUUUUUAA